AUGGUGUUCCAAACGGCUUUGUAUGCCAUUUGGAGAGAGAGGAGUUCCCGACGUCACGGAGGCCCUUGGGUAACUGUGGAGAUGCUUACUCGAGCUAUUGACAAGCAGAUUCAGAAUUGCAUCUCCUCACUUCGCUAUGUCUUCAGCCAUCCACUGGAGGGGCUGCGAAGGCGUUGGUUUGAAGUUAGCUAUUCAUCUUAG